CCCAUUAUUUUCUUAAACCCUUAACGCCUCUCUCUCACUCUCACACACUCUCAGUUCUUAUGAAGCUCGCCAUUUCCUGACCAAGUUACUAGGUCUAGGGCUUUUGUAUUUUUUCUUCGAUUCUCUUUCAAAAAUGGCUUCAGUGGCUCUCAGAAACCCUAGUUCCAAGCGCCUCUUCCUCCUCCCUCCUUACUCCUCCCAAAUCUACUACUCCUGCUGUAGAGGGUCGGUACUUUCUCUCUCCGAUUCGAUCUCCGGAAAUGACAGAGUUUCCGGCCACUCUUCGUUUUGGAGAUCCAUGGCCACCUUCACCCGAACGAAGCCUCACGUGAAUGUGGGAACUAUUGGCCAUGUUGAUCAUGGGAAGACUACUCUGACUGCAGCUAUUACGAAGGUGCUAGCGGAAGAAGGAAAAGCUAAGGCUAUUGCUUUUGAUGAAAUUGACAAGGCCCCAGAAGAGAAAAAGAGAGGAAUUACAAUUGCAACGGCACAUGUGGAGUAUGAAACUGCUAAGAGACACUAUGCACAUGUAGACUGUCCAGGACAUGCAGAUUAUGUUAAGAACAUGAUUACUGGUGCUGCACAAAUGGAUGGGGGUAUUCUUGUUGUAUCUGCCCCCGAUGGACCCAUGCCACAGACCAAGGAGCAUAUUCUGCUUGCACGCCAGGUUGGUGUGCCAUCACUUGUGUGUUUUCUAAAUAAAGUUGAUGCCAUUGAUGAUCCUGAGUUGUUGGAGAUUGUGGAAAUGGAGCUCCGUGAGCUUCUCAGCUUCUACAAGUUUCCUGGGGAUGAGAUCCCUAUCGUUCGGGGUUCGGCUUUGGCUGCUUUAAAUGGUACAAAUGAAGAGAUAGGCAAAAAGGCUAUUUUAAAAUUAAUGGAUGCUGUGGACGAAUACAUUCCUGACCCAGUACGCCAGCUUGAUAAGCCUUUCCUUAUGCCUAUUGAAGAUGUCUUCUCAAUUCAGGGUCGUGGAACUGUUGCCACUGGUCGUGUUGAACAAGGAACUAUCAAAGUUGGUGAGGAAGUUGAGGUUUUGGGGUUAAGGCAGGGAGGUCCUUUGAAAACUACGGUCACUGGUGUUGAAAUGUUUAAAAAAAUAUUGGACAAUGGGCAAGCUGGUGACAAUGUGGGUCUUCUUCUUCGUGGUCUAAAACGUGAAGAAAUCCAGCGUGGUCAAGUAAUUGCCAAGCCAGGUUCUAUUAAGACAUCCACGAAAUUUGAGGCUGAGAUAUACGUACUUACAAAGGAUGAAGGUGGACGCCAUACUGCCUUCUUUUCAAAUUACAGGCCUCAGUUUUAUAUGAGGACUGCAGAUAUAACUGGAAAAGUAGAAUUGCCUGAAAAUGUUAAGAUGGUUAUGCCUGGGGACAAUGUGACUGCAGUUUUUGAACUGAUUUCACCUGUUCCGCUUGAAUCAGGACAAAGAUUUGCUUUGAGGGAGGGAGGUAGAACGGUUGGUGCAGGUGUAGUUUCAAAAGUACUGAGCUAAGUUGACACUACUUGAUUCUUCAGCAUUUUAGUCUGUUCGUUUGCAGAGUGGAAAGGAAGACCUUACUGUUAUCCCUUGGAUUUGGAUACAUGCCAUGUGGUUAUUACAUUUAUAGUCCGCACUUGAUGAAAUGUUUGCUCUAGGCAUAACAAGAGAGAUUGUCAAUGGUAUGAAAUUUGAGUAAAUUGAAAGAAAGUUGAUCUUCAUUGGUACUUUUUGCAGUGCAGAAUGGUCAACAUGAUCUUGAUAGCUGUUGAAACAUUUAUGUCCGUGUGUUAUUAGAAAUAAUCAGUUAAUAAUUGCUGGAUUAUUAUGUUGUACUUCAGUCAGGGGAUCACUACAUAAAAGUUUUGUCAUUUUGAAGCA